AACUUAGAUAUUAGUCGAAAAUUCGGAAAAAGUUGCCUAGAUUUGUUUAUACGAAAAACUUUUUACAAGUUCCAAAAAGUCCUCCCGAGUUCCGUGUGGUUUCCAAGGCAACCAGCAAACUAUAUGGUGGUGGAAUAGGUAUUCAGUGAUUGUCGCGAAAUGCAUUGAUCACUGUGAAUAGGCCUAUUUAGUUGAUUGACGUAUUUAUGGCUUUGCGCAUAGGUCAUACACCCGAUAAAUACCUGAUAGCCUAGGCCCUAUGGUAUCAUCAAUAUGCAGCUCUCUGAUUGGCUCUUGUUGACCCAAUCAAUCAACCGUUAAGGUAACUGUUUAGUCGUAGAUGAGGUGGUCAAUUUGUCUCUGAAUUUUUCACGAAGUGAGUUUGGAUCUUUGGAAAUUCAUUACAAAUUUAUAUUAUUCUUUGGUUUUGUGAAGCCGAAAUCUGGAUUAUAAACAAAUCUGAGAAAGAGGAGUUUUAUUGAUUCUUUAUUUGUUCCGUCGAACACCGGAUUCAUGUCUCACCAAUGAGGAAAAAACUUUACUGGCCUACCCAAUGAUAGAAAGAAUGAUUUUGCGAUUAUUGUACUUGUUAUUUCUUUGGCAUAGUUCUGUUGUGUCGCUGCCAGUAUCACCAGUCCCACCGUUGCUCAACAAACUAUUAAAAGAUCAAAAUGUGACUCUUGGUUUCAUUUUAAAAGGACUUCAAGGUCCUCCUGGUAGAGAUGGAAUGCCCGGUGCAUCAGGAGCACCAGGACCCCCUGGUCCUCCUGGAUUUAAAGGAGAUCCAGGUACAGCUGGUAUGCCUGGUGCCCCUGGUAUGAUGGGACCUCCUGGACCUCCAGGUUUCCAAGGAAACGAUGGUUUGCCAGGAUCCCCUGGUAUGCCUGGAGCACCUGGAUGGCCCGGUGGCAGUGGAAUGCCUGGUCUCCCUGGACCCCCUGGUAUGCCUGGACAGCCUGGACCUCCAGGACCUACUCCAAUCCGAUACAAUGGCACUGUCAAGUGCGAAGAGGAUACCGCCUGGCUUAGAUGCAGUGAGUUCAAGCACAUCUCAAUCAUCUCCGCUUUCUGGGGACGUCGAAACUUCGGCCUUUGCUCAGAGCACGCCGGAAACCUGCUUACUCAAAAGUAUUGCCCAACGACCCCACUAUUUUUAACGAAGAUCAAAGAUGCCUGCGAAGGAACAACAAUGUGUGAAAUUAGAUGCACCAAAUUGUUCUUCAAUGAUAAAACAUGCAUAGACGUUUACAAAUAUUUGGAGGUUUACUUCAAGUGUAUCGAGAUAAUCAACGGUCAUGAGGUUGUUAAUGAAGAUAACCUCCUCAACGCCAACUUCCUUGGAUAAUCUGACUUAUGCCCCCUCUAAAUAUCGACAAGAACUAUUUCAUGAAGUGAAUUAAAGAAGCCAAUCUGAAAUUGCCCGCGAUUGGAAUGAAUUGCUGGCGUUUUAACGCAAGGACGGUUUCUCCCUCGUGAUUUUGUAACUGUAAAAAUUUUUAUUUUCGUUCCGAGGGACAGCUUAACCAUAAAAUAUGUCAAUAAGCUGGACGUUGUUUGGCCAAAGGGGUGAUGUCAAUUGAAUUCUCUAUACAGGGAGCAAAUGAGCUAUAUUUCUUUACAUUAGACUAAAGAUUCUUGCAAUAUAUAUUUUUAUGUAUAAACUUGCUUGUCCUAACUGUAUAUCACAUCUUGUAUUAUGGCAGGUUAUAGGGAGUAAUUAUUGUCCAAUGUGUCUUUUGUAGUUUUUGAGAACUAAGCCUUUUGGUAACGAUAUAGAAAUCAAGCCUAAAAUGAAAAUUUUCUAAAGCGGACGGUCAAAAAUUUCAAAUAAAACCGUUAGCCUGUAGUUAUCGUUAUACGCUUAGCUCUAUUCAAAAUCUAUGUAACUAACCAUCCUAUCUUCUGUUGUAAAAUAAAAUGCACCAAUCAAUAUAUUUCAUGCUCCCACGAUUAAUUGUAUUUCUAUAUAAUGUGUAUGAAAAGGCUUAGUAAUAUGUUAAAAUCUUCAGUAGCUCUGCAUGUUUCAAUUUGUGAACUUUUUUGUGUCCUCUCAAACUUGAGAUUUUAUGUUCUUAACUAGAUUUUGAAAUACAA